CAAACAACCAGACCGAAAACCCCAGAGGCAAGUAAUCACGUACCUGUGUCAAAAAAAGAAAGUAAUCUCGUACCAGGCGCUCCGAGCAUACAAGCAAGAACCAGCUCGCAAAUAUAUAACCCGGCCGGGCAGAUCCCAGUGAACUCCACACAACAACGUACGCACGAUCUGAAGCCGCGGAAGAAGAAGAAGCAGCAUCAAGGGAUCGAAACGCCUUGCUGCGCGGCGAGGCGAGGCGAGGCAAAGGCAAUAAUGGGCACGAAGGCGAGGAAGAAGCACCACACGCUGUCGUGCUGCGUGCUGCUGGCCAUUCUGGCCAUCCUCGGCGUGCUCGCCAUCGUCUUCUACAUCCUGUACCGCCCGCUGCCUCCCCGCGUGGUGGCGACGCCCGUGGUGAUCGGCGUCGAGCACUUCGGGCUCCUCCCGGUUCCCUCGCUCACGCUGUCCGUGGGGGUUCACGUGGUGGUGAGCAACCCGAGCCGGGCCCCGUUCCGGUACGAAGAGACGUCGACGCCCGUGCUGUACCACGGGGAGCCCGUGGGGGUGACGGUGGUUCCGGCGGGCCGGGUCGGAGGGUACGGGACGUCGACGGUGGAGCCGCUGACGGAGGUGGACGGGGUCAAGGUGGCCGCCGACCCGCACUUCGCGGCCGACGUGGCCGUGGGCGAGGGCGCGCUGCCGUUCGUGGCAUUCGUGAGGCUGGACGGGAAGGCGCUCGUGCUGCGGGUGUUCGAGGUGAGCGUCACGGUCGAGGUGGUGUGCUACGUCCGGGUGAUGGUUUUCCAUGGGGAGAGCAGCUCCCGCUGCGUCGCCUCUGUUCGCACCGGGUCUUCCGGCGGCGGCGAGGGGCGGGAGUCUGUUGCCCCGCUGCACGUUAACUAGGCGUGUGGCGUACAACGUGUAUAUGCUGCAGCUACUGCGCCACCUGAUGACAUGGACUAUCUGGAAGUAUAUAUAUCUGCGUACGAUCGUUGUUCUGUGCAGUGGAUUUUACAGUGUGAGUGCUAUAGGAUUUGUUUGCGGUGUUCUUUCUGGUUGCUGUACAUUCAAAUCUGAAAGGGGUGUCUAAGGUAAUGGAAAAGUUGCGAGUUACAUUUUGAAGC